AUGGCUGCUGAUUCAACUGUCGUCUCCAACACGGAGAAUCUCUUGAAGUACAUGUCCCUUGACCAGCGUGGUCAGGUUCAGGCUGAGUACAUCUGGAUUGAUUCCAUCGGUGGUACUCGUUCCAAGACCAAGACCCUUUCCAAGCCGGUUAAGAACGUCGACGAGCUCCCCGAAUGGAACUUCGAUGGUUCGUCCACUGGACAGGCUCCAGGCGGAAACAGCGAUGUAUACCUUAAACCAGUACAAAUGUUCCCGGAUCCCUUCCGCCAAGGCGACAAUAUCCUCGUGCUGUGCGAGACCUGGGACGCCGAUGGAAGCCCCAACAAGUUCAACUACCGCCACGAAGCCGCCCGCCUUUUCGAGACUCACGCUAAGGAGGAGUUCUGGUUCGGUCUUGAGCAGGAGUACACUCUCCUCGGUUCUGAUGGCUGGCCUUACGGUUGGCCCCGCGGUGGUUUCCCUGGUGCCCAGGGUCCUUACUACUGUGGUGUCGGCACCGGCAAGGUCUACUGCCGUGAUAUCGUCGAGGCCCACUACCGCGCCUGUCUGUACGCCAACAUCAACAUCUCCGGUAUCAAUGCCGAGGUGAUGCCCUCUCAGUGGGAGUACCAGGUUGGCCCCGUCCCUGGCAUUGAGAUGGGAGACCACCUCUGGAUGUCCCGUUUCAUUCUUCACCGCGUCGCCGAGGAGUUCGGUGUCCGCAUUUCCUUCGAGCCCAAGCCCAUCAAGGGUGAGUGGAACGGUGCCGGUCUUCACACCAACGUCUCCACUGCCAGCACUCGUGCCGAGGGUGGUAUGAAGGCCAUUGAGGCCGCCAUGAAGAAGCUCGAGUUGCGCCACUCAGAACACAUCGCCGUAUAUGGCACCGGUAAUGAAGAGCGCCUCACUGGUCGCUUAGAAACUGCAUCGCUCCAGACGUUUAAUUAUGGCGUUGCUGAUCGAGGCUCUUCCAUUCGAAUCCCUCGCCAAGUCGCGAAGGACGGCAAGGGUUACUUCGAGGAUCGUCGUCCUGCCUCUAACGGUGAUCCUUACCAGAUCACCGGUAUCAUCGCCGAAACUAUGUGUGGUGGCCUCUAA